AUGUUUCGAGGAAAAGCCUUGCGCGUAGCGCAGGCAUUGCUCAUCGUUGCACCGGCCUUCAUUGUUUUUGGUUACAAUCAGUCAGGCUUGGGCCCUCUGGCUACUCUAGAAAGCUGGGUGAAGGUCUUCCCUGAAAUCGAUACUAUCGACACAGAAGGCGCUCAACGCGCUCACAACUCCACAGGAAAGGGUACCGUCAUUGGAUCCUUCCAACUUGGUGCUCUAGUUGGAGCGUUAUCAUGCACAUACUUCGGUGAAUGGCUUGGUCGCCGGAAGACAAUCUUCUUGGGUGCUAUUCUGACCAUCAUUGGAUCGGUACUGCAGACCGCGGCCUAUGGCUUGCCUCAAUUCGUCGUUGGCCGUGUUAUCCUUGGAUUGGGUGUUGGGCAGUUCAGUGUUGCUGUUCCUGUGUGGCAGUCAGAGUCUACGUCAGCCAAACACCGCGGACAGCAUGUCGUCGUGGACGGUAUCUGUAUCUGUUUGGGUUAUGCACUAUGUAAUUGGAUCGAUUUCGGAUUGAGCAAGGUUGGUGGCUCAUUGCAGUGGCGUAUCCCACUGGCCAUCUCCCUCUUCUUCUCUGUCGUUGUCUUAAUUUCGGUCUUCUUCCUCCCCGAGUCCCCUCGUUGGCUCGUCCGAGUUGGACGCAUUGAAGAUGCCACCAAAAGUCUAGCUGCCUUCAAGGGCGUGUCCGACGACGACGAGUCGGUCCGCGUCGAGAUCGCUGGUAUCGAGACCUCCCUCGAGGCUUCGGUUGCUAACACCUCGCUCAUGGAUAUUUUCAGCAUCAACAAACCCGACGACGAGCGCCUCCUAUACCGUUUUUGUCUUUGUGUUGCUCUGCAAUUCUUCCAGCAGAUGUGUGGUGGAAACCUGAUCUCGACAUACGUCUCAACAAUCUUCGAAGAGAACCUCCACAUGGACAGCGACCUGGCACGCAUUUUGUCUUCGUGCGCCAUGACCUGGAAGUUCCUCUGCAGUUUCAUUGCCUUCUUCGCCAUCGACCGCCUCGGCCGCCGCAAGAUCUUCAUGAUCAGUGGAACCGGUAUGGCUGUCUGCAUGAUGGUUCUCGCCAUCACCAACAGCUUCGGCGAGAAUCACACAGCUUCCAUUAUCUCAGCCGUGUUCAUCUUCCUGUUCAACUCCUUCUACCCCGUCGGAUUCCUGGGUGGUAACUUCCUCUACUGUACCGAAGUCGCUCCCAUGCGUCUUCGUGUCGCCAUGUCCGCCGUCUCGACAGCAAACCACUGGCUGUGGAACUUUGUCGUUGUCAUGAUCACUCCUGUCGCGCUCGACACCAUCGGUUAUAAAUACUAUAUUGUGUACACCGUUAUCUCGGCCUGUAUUCCCAUUUCGGUUUACUUCUUCUACCCAGAGACAAUGAAUCGAAAUCUCGAGGCCCUGAACCACGUAUUCCGCGAUGCGCCGACUACUUGGGAUAUUGUGUCCAUGGCUCGCAACCUGCCCCAGGGCGAGGCUGCCGAGGUGGAUGUCUGGAUGCGGACCGAGGAGAAGGGGGCUGUUGAUCAGAAGGAGAACGCCUAG